AUGGCAGAAGAGGAUAAGAAGCGGGAAGAGAUCACAACGAAGGAAGAACCUGCUAAACAGGAGCCCUCCAAGGAAGAACCUGCUAAACAGGAGCCCUCCAAGGAAGAACCUGCUAAACAGGAGCCCUCUAAGGAAGAACCUGCUAAAGAGGAUCCCUCCAAGGAAGAAAUUGGUGCCAAACGUAAGAGCACGGGUUCUUCACGUAGGGUCAAGAGAAGACGUAAUUAUGAAGAGAAUGAUGCCAAAGUAGAGAAUGAAAAGCCUGACCAAGAUGAAGAAUCUGAAGUCGACGAUGCGAAAUUGGAUUCACUAGUUGCACAAGAUGAAGAAGAUGACGAUCUAGCAGAAAUCGAUACUAGCAACAUUGUAACUACCGGCCGCAGAACUCGUGGUAAAGUUAUCGAUUACAAAAAGACUGCUGAAGAAUUGCCUCAACGUCAGGAAGAAGAAGAUUCCGAUGAUGAUGAAGAAUUUAAGGAAACAUAA